CUAGGAUCUAAUUGCACCACAAGUAUAUGUAGUUCAUCCAACAAAAUGCCUACCGCAGAUUCAGUGUCAGUGUUCGCGGAAGGGACUUUCGAAGAACAGAUACAAGAGCUAGUGGAUUAUGCCACUCGAAGUAGCCCAGAGGAUGAACGUGCUGCUGCGUUGCAAUCUUUCCGAGAUAUUAUUAAGCCAGAUGAAGGAGCUAAACCUAUUGAAGAGGAUCAGGAAAGAAAACGGAACGCGUUGACCUUUGUGCUUGAUGGGACGAAAAGCUUGGGCGAUGGAUCAGAACAAGAAAUCGAGGGUUACUUCAACCUUCUCUUCUCUCACCUUCUGACACUAUGGCCGACCAACUCACCGGAAAUUAAACAUUACGUCUCCUCGCUCCUGGGUGUUCUUACUUCAUCACCUUCCGAGCAUCCAUCAGUGAGAUAUCGCGUCAUAUCAAAUUUGUUCAAUGCUACUCCUCGUAAUUCAGCCCUCCGCCUACCUAUUUACACUGCGUUACUAAAAGUAGCCGCCAACAAUGGAGAGCUCGAGACUUUGCGUCUAUCCAGAAAAGAUGUCGAGAAGUGGUUACAAGAAUGGGAUAUCUCUGGGGAAGAGCGUAGUCAAUUCCUCAAGUCCAUUGUCGAUGCAUUCAUUCAAUCUGGCCAGCCGGAAACUGCUUAUCAUCACACGCUUUCCUAUGUUUCUUCAUUAUCAUCCUCUUCGCCUGAAAGUCAAUCCGCGGCGGUCGAUGCCAUAGCCUUAGCAUUGCGCUUGCCCAGCUUAUUCGACUUUGACCCAUUGUUCAAGUUGGACGCUGUUGUAUCAGCGAAGGAUCACGAGCUUUUCUCGCUUCUGCAGGUGUUUCUGAAUAAUGGCCUGCCAGAAUUACAUUCAUGGCUCGAAAGCCAUCCCACUGCUCUCGAAAAAUAUGAACUCGACCGAGCACAGCUUGAGCGUAAGAUCCGUCUUCUGUCAUUUGCGUCACUGGGUUUUGCACACGUCGGGCAUGACUUGCCAUAUUCAGAGGUCGCGUCGAUCCUGCAGAUCGAGUUAAGUGAAGUAGAGAAGUGGGCGAUCGAUGUGAUCCGUACCGGUCUUCUUUCGGGAAAGCUCUCGCAGACCACCCAAUCUCUACACGUUUACCGUUCGUCAGCACGCACGUUUGAGCGAGAGCAAUGGGAGGCACUGGAAAAACGUCUUGUUGCGUGGAAGGCAGGCCUAGCGAGCGUGCUGGAGGUUGUUAUUAGUGCACAAAAGCGCGGUAACGGUUCGGGUGUGGGUGAAGUCGUGCAGCAGGUCACGCAGACAGGUGAGAGCGUUCAGGCUGACGCCACGUAG